AAAAUAGGUAAAUGCAAGAAGCGUGUGAUCAUCUCUGCUAUUUAUUGCAAUUAUUAUUGGCUUCUUCAAUCUGUAACAGAAACCCCAAGAACAACAAGAAGUACAACUACAAUGGCGACACUUAAGCUACCAUCAACCAUCCCUUCUCCUUCAGAGGACUGUGAGCAACUCCGUAAAGCUUUUGCAGGUUGGGGAACAAACGAGGAUCUGAUCAUUCAGAUUCUUGCCCACAGAAAUGGAGAUCAGCGCAAAAAGAUUCGAGAGACAUAUCAUGAAACACAUGGCGAAGAUCUUCUCAAAGAUUUGGACUCUGAGCUUUCAAGUGAUUUUCAGAAUGCAGUGUUGUUGUGGACACUGGAGCCAGCUGAGCGUGACGCGUAUUUAGUUAACCAAGCGACAAAGAAACUGACUGCAAGCAAUUGGGUAAUCAUGGAAGUUGCAUGCACUAGAUCUUCCCACCAUUUGCUUUCCGUGAGGCAGGCGUAUCAUGCUAAAUACAAGAAAUCAUUGGAGGAAGAUGUUGCACAUCACACAUCUGGCGAUUUCCGAAAGCUUUUGGUUCCUCUUGUGAGCGCUUUCCGGUAUGAGGGGGACGAGGUAAACAUGACCUUAGCGAAAACCGAAGCUAAAACAUUCCAUGAGAAGAUCUGUGACAAAGCUUACAGCGAUGAUGACCUGAUCCGGAUUCUUACAACCAGAAGCAAAUCCCAGCUCAAUGCAACGUUCAACCACUACAACGAUCAAUUUGGAAACGCCGUCACCAAGGAUUUGAAAGCUGAUCCAGAAAAUGAAUAUCUAAAACUUUUAAGGUCAACCAUCAAGUGCUUGACUGUUCCAGAGAAAUACUACGAGAAGGUUCUCCGUCUGGCGAUCAAUAAACUUGGGACAGAUGAAAAGGCUCUGACACGCGUUGUUGUCACGCGUGCUGAGGUCGAUUUGCAGCGUAUUGCUGAAGAGUACAAAAGAAGGAACAGCAUGCCUUUGGAUCGCGCCAUCGCAGCAGACACGUCUGGAGAUUAUGAGAAAAUGCUUCUUGCAUUGAUGGGCCAUGGUGAUGCUUGCUGAGGAAUAAACCGGCCCUGCGAUUGUCGUUUAAAAAAAUAAAAUAGUCUUCUGAAUGCCAAUGUGUUUGAACAUUAUUUGUGGUUCUAUUAUGUAUGUGAGUGUGUUUGUGGUUUAUAUCUCUCCAUGGAAAAUGUGGAAAAUGUAUGUUGUGUUGAUGGCGAUUGUUUGAUAAUUGAUAUGGUAUUUUGAAGCUAAUCAACAUGA